UAAACAUUUUCAAUAGUCUGUUUCAAUAGUCUAUCCAAUCAUUGCUUGUUUGCAAAAGAGGUUGGGCGUAGGUAAUUAUUUAAAACGGUAGGCAAUAAAACAGAGCUCUGUAUUAAUGACUUCAACAAACCCACUGCUAUCUGAUCUUCUGAAAUCCUUGAAGGAACAACUCAACUAGCAGAGAAUGAAAAAAAGUACUACAAUGAAUGAGGAGAUACGCAUAGUUUUGGUUGGUAAAACAGGAGUUGGCAAGAGUGCUACAGGAAAUACCAUUCUUGGUGAAAAGAUAUUUCUGUCAGAAGCAAGAGCUUCAUCAAUCACUAAACAGUGUGCAAGUGCAUCACGGAUGAUAGACAGAAGAAAAAUUUGUAUUGUGGACACUCCUGGUCUAUAUGACACACAACUGUCCAAUGAAGAAGUCAUAAAUGAGGUUGUGAAUUGCAUCAGACUUGCAGCUCCAGGUCCUCAUGUCUUUCUUCUUGUAAUGGCCAUUGGGCGCUUCACUGCAGAAGAAAGAAACACCGUUAAUCUGAUUCACACAGUCUUUGGCCAACCAGUGCUCAAACACAUGAUGGUCUUGUUCACCAGAGCAGAUGAUCUUGAAGAAAGGACAUUUGACGAUUACAUUAAGGAGGCACCAGAACUAAAACAAGUGAUAAAUGCAUGCGAAGGGAAUUACCAUAUAUUCAACAAUAGAGAGAAGUCAAGCCAUGCACAAGUUGAUGAGUUCAUGAGGAAGAUUAAAGUCAUAAUAAGGCAGAAUGAUAACAGCUACUACAGCCACCACAUGUUUACAAUGGCUUAUGAACUCAACAGUGCUAGGAGAAACAUGAAGGAAAAGGAUAAAAUUAUUGCUGACCUAAGAAAGGAAGUAACAGCAUUACAAAAACAAGCAGACAAGUCAUCUUGCAGCAUACUAUAGUAUGCUUGAGUAUACGAUGUCAGCAUCUCAUAAAAUGUAUAAAUAGGGCACUACAAAAUGCACAAGUAAGAAGAUCAACAUUAACCCUUAAAUGCAUGAUGGUUUCGACAGUCAUUAUUACAUAUUUGGGUCUUUAGCGACCCGGACCUGUAUAUCCAGCCAUAUGGCUUUCUAACUUCUGCAAUAGCAAAAAAACUAUAAUAUUUUAAGAACAAUUACAGAAGAAUAAAAUAAAGCCUAUUUCGCUACCUUUUGAACAAGGGUUCAAUUUGAGCAGAUGAUUGUACCAUCGCCGUCAUCAUCAGAGCGCACUUCCACAGUGCAUUUAGCAUCUGGCUCAUAUUUGCGAUCUCAACCAUAUUCUCAAAAUUGUUUUUUACUGAGUCAACAGUUGAUCGCUGCCAGCUUAUUCAUCACAUCCACCAUCAAAUAACAGUGACAGUU